AAUCGAAAUUCAUGAGGUUUACUGACACAGACAUGAAUUGAGCACAAAUACGAUUGAUGAGCACAAAUAUGAUUGACGAGUUUGAUACCAAACUCGUCAAUUCGUGUUUCUAUCAUCGUCCCAGCGUCUAUAUGUCUAAUACGCUAAGCACGACUGCUCGCUGCUUGCAAGAAACAUUGAGACAUUUGCUUCUAAACCCGCUGCAGGAUUUUGGAGCUUCCGAAGAUAUAGAGAGAAUUUCACAUUCUGGAUUUGCUCCUCCAGAUGAAGCCAUCAUGAAGCCUUUUGCAGUCCAAGGGCAACAAUAUCAUAGUCGAAGGAGACUGACACAGACACCAGCCAACCUCACGCCAGAGGGACCAAUCGACCCUGCGCCAAUCGCUUCGGACCACCAUGCCGUCCCCGUGCCACUAUCACCCUUUGCAGGGUAGAGAUAAAUCUUCUGCUCUGUUCAAAGAAGUUUAGAAAGCGCUGCACAAGCUAUUGGAUUAUGUAGCAAAUUGUACUUCUUACAGUACCUAUAGAAAAUUUUCUACAUGGAUGUACUGUGCUCUCGAAAAGCCGAAAUUCCUCCAAGGUGCGCCAUCAAGCGAAUGGUUCCAGCUUUGAAACGUGGUUUCUUCUGCUCCAUGUAGUGGAUCUCAGUGUUUCCACAAGCUGGUGCCUCAAUUGGCAUAUUAGUUGGUAGCUUCACACCUAUCGGAUUGAAAUUAUUUCUACAACAAAAGUGUACAGUAUUCAGAUUUUUUUCUGUUCAAUCAGAGAACCUUGUUGAAUUACUUGAUCAGCCUGCUUUUCACUGCCGAGUGAUGCAUGUCAGGUGCUCGUGCUCGUGAGUCUGAUCCAGAAACUGUAGAGAAGUUGUUUGCACCGACUUCCACGGCGGGGGGAGGCAGGAGAAAACGACGACGAACGUGAUGGCGAGUUUAGAAUCUGUCAACAGGGUAGUCAGAGGCGAGCUCUGUAUCUUGGUAGUGAUGAUCCUCGUGUGCUUGAUGUUUGAAGACGUGGACGCAUCGGCCCCAGAUUCAUUCAGAAGCCCAGGAAUCAUGGUCAUAACUUCGGAAGAAGAAACCAAACCCUUCAAGAUUUCUGAACCUGCGACGGAUUACAAGACAGGGUCACCUCAGUCUAGACAUCUACAGCUACCUCAAAGGCACAAGAGGCAGAAACAGUCAACUCGGAGGAGACUACUUGCGCCUCCUCAAGACAGCUAUCAACCUCCGGCUCAUGACUAGUUUCACGCAACGGGAGAUCAUUUUUGAAUCUGAAUUAUCAUUAUUUACUUCCGAACUGUUCUUACGUACAAUCGUAAUAUCUGUAUUAACCCGUAAAAUGGUAUGUAAUUAAGGUUCACAAGUGUCUGAUCAGUACACCAGAAACAACUUCCAAACAAGCCUACCAUGAGUAAAUGCUCAGUUUAGAUCUUAAUAUGCAGAUAUUCAGAUCAACCAGAGUUUUGCUACUUG